AUGAUACCGUCAGAACAGAGCACCAGCAACGUACCAAGCAAGAACUCGUAUAAGCAGCGAGACAGCACGAAUCUGCGCAACGGCACAAUUCUACGCGAUGGCGCAAUUCUACGCGAUGGCACGAAUCUACGCGACCCCAAGGACCACGCAGAUUACAGUUUGUACGAACACCCUGGGGAUAUUAACCUCGUGGAUCAGAAUGGGUACGUCCUAGAGGAGACUCCCUACUACAGCCAUGGAGAAAUAAACACCACCCCCUCGAUGAACCUGUACCACGGUGGAGACAUAGCGACGCACCCCCGUGGACUGGGCAAUGUAAAUUACGAUUUGCUCAUGCAGAACUACAACGCUGCUUUGUGCAAUAAUAUAAAUAGUGUGAGCAGCGUGGGCAGUGUGGGCAACGUGGGAAGUGUGGGCAGCGUGAACAGCGCGCAGAACCUGGCCAGCAUGGGUUACCUGGGCGGUUUGGACGUUUCCCCCUUGAAGGUGCAGCCGUACGGCGCGAGUUUUAACAGCGCCAUUUAUGGCGGCGCUAAUUAUGGAGGCGCUAAUUAUGGAGGCGCUAAUUAUGACGGCGCCAAUUAUGCCGGUGCCAAUUUUGAGGGUACCAAUUUUGGGGAGGCCAAUUUGGGGAGUGCCCAUUUCGGGGGUGCCCAUUUUGGAGCUACCCCUUUCGGAGGUUCCCAUUUUGGAGGUGCCCACUUGGGAGCUACCCCUUUCGGGGAUGUCAAUUUUCAGCCCCUCCCCAAGGACGAGUUCCCCCUGCUGUUUGACAAGCACAAAGGAGCGGACCUUGACUCUGUCUCUCAUUUGUAA